UCCAUCGACAUCAAGUCCAAUAUGUUUUCGCGCUAUGUUUCAUUGCAAGUGCUUCAUUUGAUGCAUAGUGUGUACUAUUUCAGCCUUUUACAAGCUCGUUAAAAUGUAUUCUGAACUAUACAAACAUUACUUCGAAGAUGAAGACAACGACGCUGGUGAAGCAAGUGGCAUUAACGAGGAGGACAGUAGUGUUUUUGAUGUGUGUCAGCAACAGGUCUCUGGCAGCCUGCCGCUUGCAGUUGUGUACGUUCACAGUGCUAACCACGUUUUUGAAUGCAGCCGCCUUCCUCGUGUACGCGGCCGGUCGUUAUUAGUACACGGGUUGAUAAGAGCAUAUGGUCUGCUGCCACAACUUCGAAUAGUUCAUCCACGACCAGCGUCUGAUACAGAACUGAAAAGUUUCCAUUCUGAAGACUACAUCAACUUCCUACAGUCGUGUGAGUCGUCUAAAGAUCUUGAGUUAGAAGAAGAAAAGGCAAAGGAAUACAAUCUUGUGGAUGACUGUCCUCUCGUUAAAAGUUUGUACACAAUCAUCCGAUAUAUCGCUGGCGGGACGCUGACAGCUGCCCGCGCGCUUAUCACCGGUACUUCUGCAAUCGCCAUACACUGGGAAGGCGGAUGGCACCAUGGUCAACGAUCAGAAGCUGCCGGCUUUUGCUAUGUCAACGACGUCGUAUUAGGAAUUCAAGAACUUUGCCAGCACUUUGGGCGCGUACUGUACGUCGACCUCGACGUUCACCACGGCGACGGAGUGCAGGAAGCGUUCUGUGCUACUGACAGAGUUCUCACUCUCUCGUUCCAUAACCACGAGACAGGAUUCUAUCCAGGUACGGGAUCGCUUGAAGAACUGGGAUACGGUCGUGGUAAAGGUUACUGCUUGAACGUGCCGCUUCAGAGUGGAAUCGGGAACGAUGCUUUCGUUUCUGUAGCGAAAAAGGUGUUAGACGCCGUGCUUUCGCACUACCAGCCGGAUGUGAUUGUGUGUCAGUGCGGGGUUGACGGGCUCUCUGGCGACCCCCUUGGGGCUUUCAAUUUGACGCAAAGUGCAUUCGUCGAAUGUUUGCAGCUUCUGAUGUCUAAAUGCAUUCCCCUGUUGGUGCUUGGUGGUGGCGGUUACGUUCCAGAAAAUGCUGCUCGAUGCUGGACCCAACUGACCGCAACACUGGUCGGCAAGACCUUGGAGGAUGACGUUCCGGAACAUAAAUUUUUGCUGAAGUACGGUCCAAGCUAUGAGCUGAAGAUCAGCCCUGGUUUGCGACAGGAUUGUAAUGCUACAGAGUACUUGGAAAGGGUAACAAAGACUGUGCUCGACAGGCUAGACAUGAUCAGUUCACCAGAACAGAGGACACAAAACUGUGCCUUGGAAUCUCCCAGUGACGUGUGGACUGGAUUACGAUCCAAAACGGCACCAGACCUGAAAGAUGGACUGCCACAUUGUCCUUAAGAAUAUUUUUGCUUCUCUUACUGACAUCAUCUUGUAAUUUUACUUGCAUUGGGAGCAGUCUAGAAUAGUAAAAUCAGACAACUUCAUGCUAGA